AUGAUGGUUGAUGUGGGAAGAAGUGGUUUUUGUGUGUUUUUCUGGUAUUUUCCUAAUAUUUUGGUGCACUUUGUCUAAGGUAGACGUAGUAAAAGUACCAAGUUUGAAAUGAUUUGGAGGUGGGGUUUGUAAGUGGGUGUUGUGUUAUAGAGCGAGCAAUCCGGGACCGUCACAGUCAAGCUUCUUCCCAACAUCCCUGCCCUGUACAUUCAUAGAUUUGAUUGUAGUAUUGUCUUGGUUUGGUCUGUGAUUUCUGAUCUGUGAGUCAAGUUUUUUUGUUAUGAUGGGUCAAGGUGAUGAGUUCAGAAGGAGGUCCGAUUCUGAGCAUGCAGGGGAGUGCAUGGAGACUAAUGGGAAUAACCCCAGCUACAAUAGUAUGGAGCAUGUUGCAGAGUUCCAGUGCCCAUCUCCAGAGGAGUCAGUGAUGGGGGAGAGUGAAUGUGAGGUGGUUAGGGAGAAUUCAAUGGUGGUUUCCAACUCCAGGAGCUCUACUGCUGCAUCUGAGAUUGUUUUUGAGACGGGGAAUUUUACAGUGGUUUCUAAGUCCAGCAGCCAUGGCAGCAAUAGUAGUAGCCAAUACCAUGUUUGUAGAUUUUGCAGUAAGGUCUUCAGCUCAGGAAAAGCUAUGGGCGGUCAUGUGAGAAUACAUGGAGCUGGUAGAUCUAAGAGGCAUUCCUCUAGCAGUAGAAAUGUUUCUAGGGGUGAUUUUUUAGCAGAAGAUGUUUGGGUGAAGAAAUCUAAGGUACCCACAAGUAGAUCCAAUGGGAACUCAAACUGGGUCGAAGCCCUUAGUAUUGCAGGGGAAGGGGAGGAGGGAGACGACCUCAAGGAAGAAAGAAAUGUGAAUGUGAGUGUUGAGCAGAGGGAAUUAAGUGAUCAGAAGACCGUGUCUCUGUAUACGCUUAGGAGGAAUCCUAAGCGAAGUAGGAGGCUGACAGAUGAGGAGUUUAGCAUGGAUUUGACUGCCAAGAACACUGUAGCAUGUGUUGAGUGCGGGAAGGAGUUCGCCUCAUCGAAGGCAUUGUUUGGUCAUAUGAGGUGCCAUCCUGAAAGGGACUGGAGGGGAAUUCAGCUCCCAAAUGAUUCUCAUUACAAUACCACAGGUGGUGAUAUCGUCCUUCAUGGUGCUGCUCCAAGCUCUGGCUUUUCCUCUGUCUGUUGGCAGAGCUCUCAGGGAUCAGAAGAUGUAGAGGAGAAAGGGAAACAAGAGGUAGCUUCAGAUAAUGGGAGUGAUAGAGAGAGCAUGAAGUCAACAAGAGUAGCUCAUCAUCCAGCCUCCUAUAGCCUGUUCAACUGGUCUGUGACUGCAAAAAGAGGUAGGAGAAGACCAAUUAGGUUUACUCAACCUAAAGAGGAGGAUACUGAAGAAGAAGAAGCAGCAGCAGAGGUAGAUAAUACUAAGGAGCUUGAGGAUGACAGGGACACUGCCCAUUUCCUUGUAAUGCUUGCCUCCAGUGCAAGCAAUACCAAUAACACUAAUGAGGGUAAUAGACAGGUUGAGAGACUGAUGCCGGGGGAAUUAGUUUAUCGUUCCAAGAAAGGUAAGCGUGAAUCUCAGGGAAGUUUUAAGGGUUCCGAGGCAGGACAAGAGGAUCUGGGCUGGAAGGAGAAGGUGAAAAAGAGGACUGCUAAAACUAGUAGACUAGCUGAAUUGGGUGCAGGGCUUGCAGGGAAAUAUGAAUGCAGCACAUGCAAGAAGUUCUUCAAUACUCGUCGAGCUCUGAGAAGCCAUAGAUCAAGUCACAAGAAACUCGAGGGUGGUUCUGCAACUGAGAAGGUGAUAGACGAAGAAAUUACAGCAAAGGGCAAUAGUGCUUUGAUGAUUGAGUACCAUCCAGCUGCUGUGAAUGAUAUGGAUUUGUCACCUGCAAGAGAAGAAAAGAAGAGUGCUAAUCUCAGUCACUUGACUGAAGAAAGGAGCUUACAGCUUGCAAUACAAGUCAAGAAGGAGCAAGGGCACGAGUGUUGUAUCUGCCACAAGGUCUUUUCAUCAGGUCAAGCUCUUGGCGGGCACAAGAGAUGCCAUAGGAUAGCUGACAGAGUUACAGAAAGGGCAGAUAGUGUGACCUCAUCUGAGAAAAAACCAAAGCUAUUGAGAGAUCAAGUGAGAGAGCCUCUUUUUGAUCUCAACCAGCCUGCACCAGCGGAGGAAGACGAUUUGGAAGCUGCUUAUGCUAUGGUGGAAGUGGUUCCUGCUGAUGUUGUGGCCAUUGAUACUGGGUUUAGGUAUGUAGAGUGUAACAUGUGUGGCUCCUUGUGCACAUCUAUAGAUGAGUUGAGGGCUCACCAGAGUACCCAUGCCUAGAUGCCACCAUUUUGAUCACAUUUUCCAUUUGGAGUAAUAAUCAGGUUGGGGAUCCAAACAUUUUGAACAUUUCAUUCUCUAGAAAUUCUCGUGUAAGCACAAUUGUUUAGAAAUUUCUUUGUCCUAGUUCUACAGGGGAAACCACUUGAAGAUUUCAAGCCAAGAUAAAAAAAACUGGAAAUUUCUGGUUUGAUAUCAUCAGCAAACAGUUUAUGAUGGUCCAGAUAUACUUCUGAUAUGGGGAAAUUGCAACCAUAUGCCAAUGAGAAUACACAGAAAUCAUUUUGCUUCUAGAUAUAAAUCUACACCAGCAGCCAAACUGGCUUCUUUCAUUUGACUUUAUUUAUUCUUUAUCCUAUCAUGGAUAUUUGAUACUUGUUUGGUGUAGAAUUUGUACAGAAAAUCCUGUACAAUAACAUUUUGCCCUUGUAUACAUUAUGGUUCACUUCUGAAUGUGUUAAAAUAAUAGUUUAUUGUUUUUAAGGUUGAGUUGA